GAAGAGAGAGACCUAGUUAAUAAGUAAUUCCUCACCAUAAUGCAAGUUUGAACAAACAAUACAGUCUCUCAACAAUAAAGAACAGUACCUCAGCCGAAACAGUCUCCAGCACAAGGAGAUUAUUCCUUUCUCUCACCAAGAGGAAAAUGAAAAACAAGACAAGUUUUCUUCCCAGAGAAGGAGAAGCCCAACCUUCCAGGUGUCCAGAUAACAGUGCAUUCAAACAGCAGAGGCUGCCAGCCUGGAAGCCCCAGCUCACCAUUGCAUCUGUGCUCUCCUGCUUCUUUCUGACCGGGGCAUUCUGCCUCACUGUGGGAGUCUGCCUUGUCCUGUCUGCAAACAGCGUCAGAGAAAUACAGAUAGAUUAUUCAGAUAAAUGCUCAGAUUGUUCAAAGCUCCGUGAAAAUUCCUCUAACUGGAAUAAGGAAUGCCACUGUUCCGUAGAUUUCACGCUAAAGGAAGAAAUAUUGGGCGAUGUUUUUAUGUACUAUGGUCUGGAAAACUUCUAUCAAAACCACCGUCGGUACAUGAUGUCAAGGAGUGACGCACAACUGCUGGGCCGAAAUGUAAACAUCCAGAGGAGCUACUGCGCGCCCUUCAGCACCUACAGGAACGGGACCCCCAUGGCGCCGUGCGGGGCCAUCGCCAACAGCAUCUUCAAUGAUACUAUUGAUCUUUUUUACAGUCAUAACUCAUCUGUGAUUCAAGUGCCACUGCUGAAGACUGGAAACAGUUGGUGGACAGAUAAAAAUGUGAAAUUUCGCAAUCCUGUGUCGUAUAAUCUCUCUUCUGCGUUUGCAGGGACAGCCAGGCCCCCUUACUGGCAGAGGCCGGCGUACCUGCUGGACGAGGAGGACGCGAGGAACAAUGGCUACGUGAACGACGACUUCAUCGUCUGGAUGCGCGUGUCGGCCUUCGCCUCCUUCAGGAAGCUCUACCGGCGCCUGCGGCGGGUGCGGCGCUUCGCCGAGGGCCUGCCCGCGGGGAACUACACCUUCCGCAUCUCCUACAAUUUCCCUGUUACCAGGUUCAAGGGGAGGAAGCACGUGAUUCUUUCCACCGUGGUGUGGAGCGGCGGAAGAAACCCAUUCCUGGGAAUUGCCUACCUGGUUUCUGGCACGGCAGCAACCCUGACAGGUUUUAUCAUAACCGGCAUCCACUUCAAGCUCAGGAAAAAGAAAACAUACUUCCAGAAGCAAUAAGGGUCACCUGACUUGCUGAACAGAGACAGAAGUGUGCAGUGAGCAAAGAAGGUGCAGCACAGACCUUUCACUCCUUCCCCUGAGCUCUGGACCAUUUUCAGUGUCAGGAUUGGUGAAUGGAAGCAAACUGAGGGGCAGGGUUGUUCCAUCAUCUGAAACCCAACUUACCUGGGGUGCCGUUCUCAUUAAAGUCCGUGUGAGCCUCAAUUUGUUUCCUCAGAAAGUUGUGAGAUGAGCUUCAAACAGCAGCUAGCACAGGUUAGAAUCACAGUGGCACAGUGGAAAUGAUGUGGUGCCAAUGUCUGGCCAGAAGUCAGGGUCCAUAUUAAUUUCUUACUCAGCCCAUAGUUCAGACAUUUCUCUUAACUGAAAUGGAGCUUUGGAUGGGUAAAAAGUGAGGUCUUGAUCCAACAAAAAGCUUGAGCAGGUGGAACUUACUGCUAAAAUCUGCUUUUGGGCCACAUACCUGUGCUGAAUGGCUCAGCUUGGGUUUUAUCUACCUUUUUCAGCUCUGCUGAAAAAAGCAACCAAUUUACAUCAGUGUAUUCACUCCAGUUUGAUACCUGAUCUGUGAUUGAAUACAGGGCAUUUAUUAGGAGUUCGGAGUUUGUUGACACCAAAUUUGUUGGAUGUAUCUAGCACCUGAGAGCUGGAGGGCAUCCUGUCACUGAUUUACAGUUUUUUAAAUGAUGGUUUAAUAGAAAUCCUAAAUUUUAAACUCCUUUAAUGCAAAAUAUUUUAGCAGAGCCAUCUACCUAGUUUAACUGUUAGGCCAAAAUUGCACUCCUACCUACCCCACCCUUCCAUGCUAAAGUUCACAGAUUCUUACCUGACACAGAAUGGUAAUUUACUGUCAAUAAAAAACAAAGCACCAGCAAAGCUGUGAACUUCAUUUAAAGCAUACACUGCAGCUCCUGAAUAGGUUCAUCAAUGUUCGUGUUUCUUGUUCAAGAUUUGAUGCGUUUAGGACUUAUUUCUAGUCUCACAAAAUGAAGGAACGGCACUGAAGAAUUUAGGUCAAGCAUACCACGGUAGGUGUGAAUUUUUUAAAACAGUUUUUCUGUUGUCAAAGUGCGAGUGGAAUAAAACACUUUCAGUUCCUUUCGUAA